GUACUCAAGGGGCACAUAUAUCUCUUUGGCACAAAGCUGAAGGAGAAGCGAAAGUGUUGAUGAAAGAAAACAGUGAUGAAGCUAUUGAUGUUCCAUACUUUCACUUGGAGACCAUUUUGGCUGCUACAGACAACUUCUCAAAUGCAAAUAAGCUCGGACAAGGAGGAUUUGGUCCUGUUUACAAGGGUAUCUUUCCGGGUGAAAAGGAAAUUGCAGUAAAAACGUUAUCCAGUCAAUCAGGACAAGGCAUAGAUGAAUUUAAGAAUGAAGUGACUCUAAUUGCAAAGCUUCAACAUCGAAAUCUGGUGAGGCUAUUGGGUUAUUGCAUCAAUGCAGCGGAACAAAUAUUACUUUAUGAAUAUAUGCCGAAUAAAAGUUUAGAUACAUUCAUAUUUGGUGAGUUAGCCUUAUUAAGUUCCUUAUUCUCAAAGUCUUACAUUUCUUAUAAUGAUCUAAUUUUAUUGACCUACCAAAUUUUUUCAUGGUUAUGAUGCAAGAUGGAGCACUUUGUCAAUUAUUGGAUUGGAAAAAACGUUAUGACAUCAUAUUGGGCAUUGCACGGGGUCUAUCUUAUCUUCACCAUGAUUCACGACUAAGGAUCAUUCAUAGAGAUUUGAAAACCAGUAACAUUUUAUUAGAUGAGGAGAUGAACCCGAAAAUUUCAGAUUUUGGCUUGGCAAGGAUUGUUGAAGGAAAAGUAACAGAAGCAAAUACAAAGAAAAUAGUGGGCACCUAUGGCUAUAUGUCUCCUGAAUAUGCACUGGAUGGAUUGUUUUCCAUUAAAUCAGAUGUAUUCAGUUUCGGAGUAGUCGUACUUGAGAUAAUCAGUGGAAGAAGGAAUACAGGAUUUUAUCAGUCAGAAGAAGCCUUAAACUUGUUGGGCUAUGCAUGGAAAUUGUGGAGAGAAAAAGCCGAGAUACAAUUAAUAGAGAAGUCAAUACUUGAAUCAUGCAACAAAAGUGAAUCAAUAAAGUGUAUAUAUAUUGCGCUCCUGUGUGUACAAGAAGAUCCAAAUCAUCGUCCUAAUAUGUCAGAUGUUAUUGUAAUGUUGGGAGGGGAAGGUAUUAACCUUCCAACACCUAAUAGACCAGCUUUUGUAACAAGGACGCACGCUUCUAGCACAUCAUCUUCUUCCUCCAAUAAGAUAUACAUUGUAUCCAACAAUCAGGUGACGAUUACAGUUGAAGAAGGGCAUUAG